GAAGGCAACGCGGUUAGUCAGCGCCGAUCGCCCACCGGAGUAUACGCCGUGAAGUGCUGGAGAGCGGACAUCGCGCACGAGUCGAGUUCGCCCCCCAAGUCCGGAGUUGUUGGAGCACUAUUUUUUUGGAAGGGUGAUUGGGAGGAGUUGCAAGGAGUCUCGGAUGCUGGCUUCGGAAGUGUGAACAUAGCUUAACCAAAGAAGAAAAACGGAAGGUCUCAAAAUUUCGCGAGUUCGGUAAUACACAGUCAAAAACAAGCAACAAAAAAAAACACAUCAAGGGGAAAAUUCGGAAAAUUUUCUUCUCGCCUAGCUCUUAGUGGUUCAUUUUCGGAAAACGCGCCACCGCCAGUGUGUGUGAAAGGGCACAGCCAUGGCCGACAAAAAAGUAGCGGAACAAUAUUACACCCCGCCCGAAAAACUGGGCAAAUGGGAAGGAUUCAGCAAGUUCAUCUGGAAUGGCGAAACGAGCCAAUGCAUGGGCCGAACCGGCUCCAGUUGGGCAAAGAUUCUAUUCUUCUAUCUGGUGUUCUACGCUCUGCUGAUAGGAUACUUCUCAGCGAUGCUGGCAGUAUUCUGGCAAACGUUAGACCCCAAGAUGCCCAAAUUCCAGCUAUCUGAGUCGUUGAUAGGAGCAAACCCAGGUCUCGGCUUCCGACCGAUGCCCGUCGAGGACACCGUCGAGAGUACGCUGGUCUGGUACAAGGCCUCGGACAACGGCAACAUCGAAGCCUGGACGCGACAGAUUGAUAUUUUCUUGAAGGCAUACCACGAGGAAGAGGACAACCGCGUCGACUGCUCGUUCGACACUCCGCCGCCAGAGGGCAAGGUUUGCCGAGUUCCGAUGAACGAAUGGGGACCCUGCACCAAGGCGAACCGGUACAACUUCAAGAAGAAGAGCCCGUGCAUAUUCCUGAAGCUCAACAAGAUCUUCAACUGGGUCCCGGAUCUGUACAACACUACCGAGAACCUGCCCGAGGUCAUGCCCGAGGAUCUCCGAGAGCACAUCGGCUCCGAGCUUGGCCGAGGCGACAAGAACGCCAACAUCGUUUGGGUGUCGUGCGCCGGUGAGAAUCCCGCCGACAACGAGCACAUCGGACCGAUCAACUACAUCCCGCGUCGAGGAUUCCCGGGCUACUUCUUCCCGUUCAAGAACACCGAAGGAUACCUGCCCCCGAUCGUCGCCGUGCACUUCGAGAGCCCCAAGAAUGGCGUCCUGAUCAACAUUGAGUGCAAAGCCUGGGCGAAAAACAUCCACCACGAUCGCGCGGACCGAAGAGGGUCCGUCCACUUCGAGCUGAUGGUCGACUAAGAGACGCGGCCAUCGUCCCUAGUAGCAGCUGGCAAGAGCAAGGCAGGCCGAAGAAGAUGAGUCUAGGAGCAGGCGAGCGAGAAAACGUUAAAAACCGGCAGUAGAAGAAGAACAACAUCAACCAAAAGAAACCUUGAGCAAACAAAUGUGUGAAAAAUUAAGACCGAACCGUGAAAAAGAAGAGCAACUAACACUGUAACACUGAGAAGAAAAAUGACACUUAUUAAGAGAAAACAAAAGAAAAAAAAUGAAACAAUUAGUAACUGAUAAGCAUUGAAAAAGGAACGAGCGGUAGCCAUCGAGAUGAAGAAGAAAAAGAAGCGACGUUUCGAAAGUGAUGCAACAUCGGACAGUAAGUAAUUCAAACUAAAACAACAAAUCUAGGUGCGAUCAUUAAUUAAUUUAAAAAAAAUAAUUAAAAAUACUACAAAAUAGUGGUUAAUGGUAAACACAACAAAAAAAAAUAAAAAUAAACAAUGCGCGAAAACAUCAUCUCGUUUAGGUCGAUAACAAAGGAAACAUGUACAGCUCUUAAAUGUAUACUCAUACUGAAAUCGCGACGACAUCCGUAAACAAAACAAACAAACUAACAAAUUGCAGAAAUAAGCGAAUAAACUAAGCGAAAGAGCGAAAAAGGUUAGCCCUGCCGGACGAGCGAAAUCAACAGUCAGAGUCAGAACAGAACAAGAGCAUACAAAGAGGUGAUGAUGUGCGUGAACCAAUAGGACUGAAGAAGUGUGCAACAAGAUCGCAACGCAGAAAGAAAGAGAGAGAGAGAGGUAGAAACCAUUCACAUGCAAAAAAGAAACUCACACAUAGAGAAGAGAAUGUUAAGAGAAAGUGACUAAUUCUUCAAAAAAGGCUUGAUGAGAGAACGAGGAGAAACAUGUUUCGGAAGAAAUUAUUUACGAAGUAAUUUGAAAACGCUGAAUCAGUUUGUUUUCGAAUUUCCGAACUGUGUACAAACUCGAACACGGAGGAGUAAACAAACAAAAAAAAUUAAGCAAAAAUAUUUAUUGAAAAGACCGAAAAGCACAGAAGAAAGGAUAUUUUUUGUAUGAGUCAAAAUACUUAAACAAUGUGAAGCUUUUUAUAGAGAAUUAAUGAAACAAAUCGCAAGGACAAGCAUUGCACAGAGUCUCGAUAUAUUUGUGGUUCGAUUAAAAGGUGGAUCUGUUUCGUUUACUCAGUUUACAAAGUUUAAUGCGUUAUGAUGAGUGGAAUAUUUAAAAGAGGAAAUCACAAAUAUAUCUGCGCGGAAUAUCAGCAAAACAACAUGAGCAGCAAAACGCAAAACAAAAAAGCAAAAAACAUAAAACAACUAGAAGUAAUUGAUCUAAGAGAAAAGAAUAGUUGCUAAUAAAAACAGAGAAGCAAAUCUAGUGCAACACAAGCAAAUCAUCUGAAUGAGAAACACGUUCAAGGGCCUCUUUCUAUUCUUACACUCACUGCCCAACAAAAGAAAAACAAAUAAUAACAAACAAACAAAAAAAAACAAUGAAAUUGCCCAAGUAAACAACUUACUGUAAAAAGUAAAACGGUACACAAAGAAAACAACACAAACACAACACACCGCAGCAUACAAGAGCAACCUAAGAGAAAACAAAAAAUCAAGCAAAAGCUAUAAUUUGAUGUAAUUAAAGCCCCGAAGAAAAACCAGAAGGUAAAAGCGAUGCAAAAGCAAGUAAAAAUUUGAUAAUGUAAUUAGGAACUUCGACAUUUAACAGAAACAAACAAAGUAAAAAAACAAAGGUAAAUAAAUUUGAUAACUUCACAGUCUUGAAGUCCGGUGGCCCGUGCUCGUGCUUCCGUUUGACAGCUCAGAUUGAGCUGUCAUCGGGGGAUGGACGCGGCGCCGUUGGCAUCCCAGUUAGGAGCGAAUAUUUUUGCUUCCAAAGCGUGGACGGAUCCAAGCAAACCAACAACAACAAAUAUGGCGGAAACGUCACAUGACUGCCGUUGAUAUUCGUCCUUGGAAGCAAAGGUAGUCCAUUUGCAAAUAAUAGAAAAAAAGUUGUUGAAAGUAUUAUUAUUAUUAUUACUAAUAUAAUUGGGAAGACAUUGAUAGAAAAAAGAAUAAAAUCAAACACAAAAAAUUGAGCCUCGUAUAAAUAACAGAAGAGUAAACAAAGAAACCACACACACAUAGCGAAAAAGAGAAACUAUGUGGACAAAAAAGAAGCAAAACGAUAAAAACACACACACACAGCUAUAAAUGAAUGUUAUUGAUAGUGCGCAACUGCAUUUUUAAUGUGCUAACUUCGUUUUCUUACCAAAACACAAACACACACACACACACAUACAAACACGCGGCGAGCGCUGCCAGAAUGUGUUGGCGGUGGUUCUCGCGAUCUGUCAGAAAAUUUUUAAUGUUGCGUUUGCGUAGGCGGUAGAACGGCGUCAUCGUACACAGAUUUCACGGCGAAGUAUAAAAACACUAAACUAGGAUUAGCUUAACAAAAAAAAUGGUAAACAGUUUCGAUUCACACCACGCCCUGGAUAAGUUUGGUUUCGGAUUUAGGAUUUUUUUUUUGUUCGACUUUUCCAAAACUGGCGUCGGUGGAAAGCAUUGCAUCGUCGAGCCCCUCGAGCACGCGUGCGAGCUGUCAGGGUGACAGCGAUGGCUGUCACUUUUGAUGGUGUUUUUGGUGAACGAGGGGUGCUUCGGUGUUGUUUUUCUUGUCGACAUUAGUUUUGGAAGGUUUUGAUUGCUUUUAGUUUCGAUUUUCGUUUGUGUCUGUUGUUAUUUAUUUGUAGUGUAAAACUUAUUUAUUAACCUUCGACCGGUUCAUCAGAGUAUUGCAUUAGUUGAUAGUAUUAGUUUAAUUUUUCGUUUUACUUUCGGUUUAAAUCAAAUACUUGCGCACUGUGUUCAUAUAUCGAAUGCCAUGAAAGAAAGGAAAAAUAAAAACAUGUUUAAGUCGUUGAUGAAUACUAUUUAAGUGCAGCAUAGAUUAACUAUAAUGAACGAUUAACUAAACAAUAGCAGAAAAACACACACACAUAGUAAUGGAGAAAAAAACGAUAAAAGCGUCAUGCCGUACAGCUACCGUACAUUUUGAGCUUAGGCGUCUGUAGUUUUAUAUAAAUUUAGUCAAUUUUUUCAAAAGAGAAAAACAAACGAAGUGAGCUACUAGCGAACAUGAUGAAUCAUUUCAGUUGUAUUUAGUUGUUUGGAUUAUAAUUAAGAUAGUAUAUCAGUGACAAAAGCGCCUUUUCCGCGAAGGCUUUGCGAAAUAUACAAACAUAAAAAAGAUUGUCAAUAAAUUGUCAGAUUUCUUUUCCUGUUAUUUCAAUAAUUACACGACGAGUUGAGUUUGCCGAAAGAUUUGUUACAGCCAGCUGGAAAGUAUACAUAAAAAAUAGCAAAAUCAUCUCGAGUACAGUAAAACUGAUUGUUAGAUUUAAACUACCGCAGAUAUGAACUAAGAUGCAGAAUUACCAGAGUAAACAAGAAGAAGAAAAAACAGCAAAAACUCCAAGUUAUCGAAAUAGAGCAAAACAAAACCAGUUACGGCGAAGGGAAUCAACUAAAUAGCGCCAAUCACGUUCUAGUUUUACUUACCAAGCCGCCAGGUAGCGUCGCUUUCAGGCAAACUACACUACAUAAGGCAUUUAAAGGGGUUCUUAACGCAAAAAAAAAGAAUAGUUUCAUUCACUUACAACAGCAGAACAAGCAAAAACUAUAAAAUAACACCCACCACAUACACACGAUUACGGCUAAACGUAAAAAAAAUAAUGGAAAAUAUAAACAAAAAAAAAGUUAUAAAAAAUAAACAAAACACAAUGUAAAGCUAUUAUAUCUUUUUAAUGAAUAAUUAUUGAAAUAAAAACUGAGAAAUCUGUAGAGACGAACUGUUAGUUUGAUUGACAUACUUUUGAUACAGUCUUACAGUCAUCCUUCGUUUGGUACGCACAAACCACACUUUUUUCCUGUCGCAGCUGCGUGUUUCGUCCACAUUUCAUCUUCUCUGUCAUCUCUGCUCACCCACUCAAGUGACGCUCCCCUCGGUCAAAAAGAAGCGCGCGCUGUCAGAUUGACAGCACUCGCUGCUGACCGAGGGGCGCCACAAUGUUGUUUUGUUUUCGUUCUCGACCAUCAUCACAAGGUAUUGCAUUUUCGAUCCUGAAAAAAAAAGCUAUUUUCGUUUCGCCACCUUUUGGUUUUGCUCUCGCCCCACAACACAACAACUCUUUCUCAACUGCCAAGCGAAGCGCGUGACGUUUCGCUUGCAAUGGACCACUAUCAAACUGACACUUCCUCUGCUGCAAAUGCGAGAGGGGGGAAAAGGAAGUUGACAUUGAACAAUAUUUUUACUAUGAAAAAUAACAGAUGAAAAUGGCAAAACCAAAACAAACGUGAUUUGUUUCUUCAGAAAUGUUUACAUUUAGCAAAAAAAAAAAAAAUAACUCAAAAGGUAAGAACAAUCGAAACAAAACUAACCCCUUUAUCUGCGCCUGAGAACAAUACAGAAAAAUUUAUACGAAACUCAAUUUUUAAAAGUGUGUGUGUGUCAGAUUGGCCCGGCUAGGCAAAGUGCGCCCCCUCCUCCACGGAGCCGGCGUGAUGCAAACAAGGCACAAAGCACUUAUCUGUCAAGCAAAUGAGAUGCCUUCACUGUGAUCUGUUCAAAACAUAUACACGUAAACAAACGACGAUGCUCGCAGGCACGCCUUGUUUAGCAUCGGGCGAGGCGGGCAAAUCUGUCAAGUGUGAGAAUUCUUCUGUCAACUGUUGACCCAAAGCAAAACAAACCAAAUAAAAAAAUGCAAAACGCAAAACUGUCGCAAAAGUGACACGCAUUGGUGUAAAAUAAUUAGGACACGCCACAAUUGUAAAUAUGUUUUUGUUUUGUUCGUAAAUGGAAACAUGGGUUUUCAACCAAUGAAAUGACAACUUCUGUCAAAAAUUACAUUUUGUUUUUUUUUUCGAUCACUUGAUAAAUAUUUUUUAUCCAGCAGUGUCGUUCCCCUAGGAAUGUUUGACAGUUUGUCUAAGCGCAGCUUGACAACAAUCUCUGUCAAAUCAGCGAGGUUCGACAGUAUUAUUUUAGAUUACUUAUGAUUUGAGUUUAUUUUGAAUAAGUUGCUGUUUUCAUACUUUAUAAAGUUUUAUAACAUUGAUAUUUUGAACAGUUUAAAAAACAGAAAGAGUUCUUUUCCUUAGCCAUGAAUGAAAAACUCCAUAUCUUUGGGAGAAAUUUAAAGCAAACUUGGAGCAAACCCCUUUCUUGAUGAUGAAAUAAAUUGAAUAUUUUCAGCGAAUGCAGUCGGCACAUAACUAGAAAUGAAAAAAAACUAAGCUUAAGAACAGAAAUAUUAGUAAAUAAUCAUUGAACCAUAAAUGUUGAAUCAAUAAUAAAGACGCUGUAGUACUCAUAAUGAAAAUAAUUAAAUAAUAAUUAAAAGCAAAAUAAGCGCAAAUGAAAGAACGAAAUCAAGCAAAGAAUAAAUAAGAAUUAAAACUCGUUUAGACUUUUCUUUUCUAAUAUCUAAGUUAUUUGCUACGACUAAUAGAUUCAACUAUUAUAUAAAAAAAUACAAUUACUCUAGUUGUAAGGUUUAAUCACUUAAGGUAGACAAGCAAAAAAAAAAGAGCAUAUAAAACUUGUUAAACAUAGUUAGUAUGUACGUACUACUUAAGUGUUACACGUGCUCCAAAUAGUCUAGCAAUCUA